UUAUACAAACUUGUUUCAACACUGCAAGGCAGAUAUGUCUACAAGCUUAGUACAAGGCGCAAGCAGAGGGUUGGGAUUGCAGUUUUGUAAAAGCUUGCUUGACAAAGGUUCCAUCGUCAUAGCUACCUGCAGAAAUCCUGAGAAUGCGUCAAAUCUGCAGAAUUUGCGCCAACAAAAUUCAGAAAAACUUUUCAUCCACAGGCUUGAUGUAACGAAUGAAGAACAUGUAGCGCAAGUUGCAAGUGAGGUACAGGCAAAGUUUGGAAAACUGGAUUUAUUAAUUAACUCAGCAGGACUGUUGCACCCGUCAGGCAGAGGAGAGACAAGCUUGAAGGAUGUAACUCCAAAGGGGAUACUAGACACAUUUUCAACUAAUACAGUGGGUCCUUUGGUGAUGGCCAAACAUUUCAUGCCACUAUUGCAGAAGGGAAGUGGAAACAUUGGAACACAACAUCCAGAUCCCAAAAAUCAGCAUAAGGCAGUUCUAGUCAAUAUGUCAGCCAAAGUUGGAUCAAUAACAGACAAUGGUUUAGGAGGGUGGUACAGUUAUAGGAUGUCAAAGGCAGCUCUAAACAUGGCCAACAAGAAUCUCAGCAUAGAGCUAGGGCGUGGCAAGAACAAAGUGAUAUGUGUGGUACUGCACCCAGGGACAGUGGAUACAGACCUGUCCAGGCCAUAUCACAAGAAUGUACCAGAAGGAAAACUUUUUACUGUGGAAUACUCUGUAGGUUGUUUAUUAAAAAUUAUUGAUAGCUUAAGUUAUUUAGAUACUGGCAAAUAUUAUUCAUGGGAUCACAAGGAAUUGCCAUUUUGAUGGAAAGUGAUAACAUUUUCUUGUAUUAAUUUUUUUUCUUUUCUUUUUUUUUUUUUGUUUGUAUUCUGAAAUUUUAAACCAGUGUCUAGAGAUGAUUUUUCACAUAAUAAUUCUUAUUAAUUCUUUUUUUUUAAUUUAAAGAAUUUCAAAGGAUUUGUAUUAUUGAAAGUCAUGUAAAAUUGAACCAAAAUAUGUGUGUUGUGUCAGUUGAAGACCUGGACAUAUUUCAUCACAUUUCAAACAGUGGGUGUUUCUUUUAGCCUGGGUCACACUGCGCUUGCAACCUUUUUGCAACCACAAAAUCUGGCAGUCCCGUCAUGCACUUUGUUACUUUCCAAAUAGGGACUGUUUACUGAAACCAAAUAAAGUCCACAGUUGAAUGACUGUCACCUUGUGCUUGCCUUAUCAAAUCAUACCUCACAGUCCCAUUCUGAAAUUUGUCCUCUCUGAUCACUUUCUUUUUAUAAAUUUUUGUGAACGUGUUCUCUUGAGACCAACAGUGUACACGCCUUUCAUAAAUCACAUUACUAAUAGAUGAGUUCCAGCAGAAAAUGAUUCUUAGCGAAGACAGAGCAAAUCAUGCUGUACUCAGUAUACUGUAACCUAAUCCUUUUUCAAAUAAACAAGUGAGAAAUUCUAUGACAUUAUUCACAAAAGGCAAAACUUGAUUAAUUUGUUUUUCAUCACAAUACUGUAUCCAUCUUUGAAUAUAUGUUUGAUAUCCUUCUUUGUGGAUUGUUUCCAUGAUGCCAUGAUGAUUCUGGUUGCUUCUGCUGAAUAUCCUCUCUUUUUGACAAACAACAUGCAAGCAUGACUAGUUUGUUUGUUAGUGGAUGGACUUGUUUCGUGUGGUGUAAAGACAGGAGGUUCCUUUUAUUUGGAAGAAUCACUGGCACAUCCACUAAGAGUUGCAUUAAAGGGCUGAACCAUAUCUGAGUCUCCCACAGUGGCACUAUAAAAAUUGCUUGAACUUGACUGCCCUGGACCCUCUGAAUGCAGCAUUAGGACAGAGGGUAUGGUUAAGGAUGAAGUGUUCAAUGGAGACAGAAAAGUUGUGUCAAUUUGAGGGCGUUGAGGAGUAAACGAAAUGAGAUGCAGGCCUGUAAUUGAGCUGUGCUCCUUGGUUGCCUGCUUUUAAAAUUAAGUCCAUGCUCUGUUGCUGAAAUAUCGCCCACUGCUGCUCAGACAGGUUAUCAACUUUCUAAGCCAAAUACUAGCAAAAUGCUUUUCUGCUAGAUGUAGGUUGCUGAUCACUGAUAGUUUUACAAAGAUUGAGGAUGUUCUGUUCAACUGUAUCUGUCUUCCUUCUGUUGGUCUCGGUGCUGCUGGUUGAAAGGACUUCCUCUUCUUUGUUAUCCUCUUCAUUUUGUCCAGGAGGCAAUAAUUGAAUAUGUGAAAAACAUUAAAGGAACAUAUUAUACAAAAUAAAAGUUAUUUUUUUAGUUUGUUAUUUUGUAAUAAUGAGAAUUGGAUAUUAUUUCGCUUAGUGUUGCUGUACAUAAUUAACAAGAUCUUGGACUAACCAAGCCUAGUUGUGGAUGGACAUAUGCUUUUCCAAGAAGGAAAACCUCUCCAUCACCCACUGUUGCCUAGCAGUAAAGUGUCUUCUUCCCUGUCCAGACCUAACCUUUCUAACCCUACCAUACAUUGUUCUCAUGUACCGAACCACUGCCAUAACUGUUGUCCUUAAAUAUAAUAUGCAGUUUGUCAAUAUGCGGUUCAGAGAAAGUUCGUAUGUUAAGUCCAUUGUUUCCACAUUUUCUACGGACAGCUCAGCAGACAUCAAAAUUGAUGCUCGUUGAAACAGCUUCGUUAGCUGGGCUCGGUUCACCAACCGGAGUAUCUGAUUUUUCUCUGCAGCCAUAGUUAUCCUGGUCACGGCACCAUAAAAUGUCAUUAUGCGGUUCAGUGAAAAAAUUGGAGUUGAACAACUAUUAAUUUAUUAUCUACAGAGAAAGAUCAAAAACUACCCACUCAAUGAGUAGGGCGUGAAUAUAUACAAAGUAAGCAACAGGAGGCAGACUUUAAACUGUAAAUACAUGUCCACUACAGACAUUGAGAUAUGAGCUUUAAAAUACGUUACUAGAACUGAUCGUGCAGUUCGUUGUGCACACCUGUGCAGAAUUUGUCCCUCAUAAGCUCCUGAUGGACAUAUACU